AUGUGGUUCUACGUGGAGGUCUCUGGGAAAUCCUUUUAUGGAAGCUUGUCUGCAGAGGGGAGCUUCUCCUCCCUGCCAGCCGCCAAAGCACAAUGCACCUCCCUGGGCAGGGGCUGCAGCGCGGUGGUCAGCACGGCGGGCUCGUACUACCUCUAUCAUGGGACACGCUUCGUGAACCUGGAGGAUCCAGCAAUGGACCCAGCAGCUGCUGUGCACAUCAAAGCAGCAUACAUCUCUCUGAAAUGUCCUCCCUUCGCCGGCUGGGUGUUCAAGCAUGGAUCCUGUGUGUUGCUGGAACACAAGGGCAGUCAGCGUGAAGUGGAGCCCAUUUGCAGGAGGUAUCUGGCUGCUGAAGUCCUGGAGAUCAGGCCCGCCCCAGACCAGCUCUGCGGGACCCCUUCCGAAGGCCGAGGUCCUGAGAAGCGCUGUCCCUCGGGCUCCCUCUGGUCUUGCCAGCGAGCAGAAGAGGUGGAGCUGCCGGCUCUUCAGGAGAAGUUGCUCGUUUCCUUCCAGGAUUUUGUGUGGCAGAGACACGCUUCGCUGGGGGCAGCCAAGGACUCCUGCUUCCUGCAGAGAGAGAACUGCACCGGGGUGACGCAGCUGCAUGGUGCCCACUACACGGUGAACGGAACGGUGCUCGUCGAUAGUCCUGGCUCUGGUGCCACCCUCUACGUCAAGUCAGCCUGCUCCCCUGGCUAUUCCGGCGUGAGGUGUGCAAGGCGUUGCCUGCCCUGUCCCAGCACUCGCACCUGUAACCCCCUGAGUGGCCGCUGUGAAGGGCUCCUGAGCUGUGUCCGCAGGGUUGGCCCUUCCUGUCUACAUGGUCUCGUGAGCGGGAGGUGCCCUGGAGGAGCUGGCUGGUGGUACUGGGACGGACACUGUUACUACGUGGAAGAGAGCGAUGCCAAGACGUGGCAGCAAGCUGAGGCAGCCUGCAGUGCCUCUGGAGAAGGCAUGGGGCUGCUGGCUCUCGACAGCCUGGAGGAGAAGGCCUGGGUGACAGCCAUGGUGCAGAGGGACAGCUGGACUGGGCUGAAUGACCUAGAUGGUGACGGCAGCUGGACGUGGGCAGUGGCUCAGCACGCAGAUGGUGCUGCCCCCUGGCUGGCCGAUGUGCCGCUCCUUCCGGGAGGCUGCCUGAGCAUCGGAGCCCCGGGGGAUUCUGGCCUUACCGUGUCCAACUGUUCAGGACUCAAGCCCUGGGUCUGCGAAGGAGCGGAGGGUACGUACCUGCCAGGCUGCCCCAAUGGAGAAUUCAGUGCUGAGACCCUCGGGACGGCCUGGGACACCACACACGGACCAGGCACUGACCAGGGAGCCGGGCAGCCCUGA